UUUAGUACUGAGUGAGGCAGUGUUUUAAUUUUUUGUCCUUUUCCUUUUUUACAAGCCAGUGCAUGGACAAUUUGAAGGCAUCUUCAAUGAGUCAAAUAGGUAUAUAGUUAUCAAUAUUCAUUAAUAAUUUUAUAGGAAAACUACUGUCACAACACUGCCUCCUCAAAUUGUUUAACUGUCAGUUAAUCUUGACCAUAUGGGUCACCGAUUCAGAAGCUUGAAGUGUUUCAAUAUUAGCUUUACUGAUGUUAAGCGUAUUGAUUAAUUGACUGGGUGUGGCCAGUGAGUGAUUCAUAAAAGGGGAAGUGUGUCUAUAUAAAUACAGAGGCAGAAAGCAGAGCGCUUUUGAUCACUGUUCGUCGUGCACAGGAGACGCACCGCGCGAGACUUUUGACAUCGUCCCCAGCACGCGCAUUUACGUGCACAACUUCUGAUCUUCUAAUCUUUCGGAACUAAAAAAGGAAUAUGGAUACAUUACGACUUGGGGUCGUUUUCGUUCAUUGUGUCGUGUUACUGAAGGUGUGCAGUAGCGCUUCUAUGGACAGGUAUGAGAGCGACAAACCCAGAACAACCGUGGUCAACCUGUUUCACACGUUUGAGGAAACACGCAAAGCAGGUCAUCGCGAGGUGGAUAGGGGGUCGCACCUGGAUGAAAGUGAUCUUGAUGAUGAUUAUUUCUCUGGGGAUUAUGAACUUAAUCAGCCUAGAGUGGCAUUUUCCACAAAACCCAAACAUCCGUCGAUGAUGCCCAUUACGGAGAACAAUACAAAAGGCAGAAGGAAGGGAAAACGAAAGGGCAAGGGGAGGAAGAAGAACCCCUGUCUGUGGGAAUACAAAGACUUCUGCAUUCACGGAGUGUGUCAGUAUCUGAGGGAUUUGCGUGCUCAUUCUUGUGUAUGUGAAGCAGGUUAUUCGGGGGAGAGGUGCCAUCUGUUCACCCUAUCAGUAGCUAAGAGGGAACAACGUUACAAUCGGACCACAGCUCUAGCUGUCAUAGCAGUGGUUUUGUCGCUCCUGUGUCUCUCAAUCAUUGGUAUUCUGCUUGCACUUAGGUACCACAAAAAAGGUGACAUUGAGGCAAAACGUGAAGAAAAGGUCAAACUUGAGACAACAUCAGUGAGGCAGUGAUGGAGGAGAAAGGAGGCUUAAAUGCCAAGUGGACAUGUGACACAUGACCCAUGGAGGGAAAGGAUUAUGGCUGAGGAGUAAACAUUAAUGUCCUACUGGGGCUUAACAGUCAUUUUUAAUGGGGAGACAUGUCCCCCUCACUUUUAGAAGUUUCUGUAUUUGUACUUUUUGAAGAUCCUUGGCCCCUCCACUUUUCAAAAAGAUUUUCUACACCCCAGAUGUCCUGCAAACGUGAUGGCUCUCAACACUUGCAUGAUGGACUUUUUGAACACUGCUUCCAUGUGUAGAGCAAUGACCUUCGCUCUUCUGCACCUGGAGAACACAGAGGACUGUGUGCUUGAGUUAUUGUGAAAGGAACUGAAGUACCUGAUGAAUGUAACUUUCUAGCUGCAUCAAGAUGUGCUCGAUCAAGUUUCUAAUUGUUAGUUGCUUAUUUAUUUUGAAAAGGGUGUUUCUACUUCAUCCCAUCUGUCAACAGUACUGUGUGAAACACAACACUGCUCUUGUAUUUAUUUAUAGUGUAUUUAUUUUGAUGUGUAACAAUUGUUUACUGAAUGCACUGUACGAUUUAUAAAUGUGUUUUUAAUGUGUAUUUAUUGUUGAUGAAUACAAUCAAGAAACGUUCUAAUAGGUCUGUUAUUGGUGUGUGUAAAGAUGCAUCACAUUUAGAAGACCCUCUAAUUUGUGUUGGUAAAGUUUAUAACCAUAUAGCUAUACUGUGAAAAAUACAGACUUGCAAAGCUCUAAAAAUGCAAUCAGAGAACUCAUGUACUGUGUGUGGAAAAACGUCAAACACCCAGGGGUUUUGACUAUAUUUAGUGGGUCUUUUAUAUGUAUUACUGCGAAAAUGUAGCUUAAAUUAAGUGAAAUAAAAUUUCAGAUUUAUUGAAGUAUUUCUACAGUUUGUUCAAUAUAAAAUAACACCAUUUUGGUCACUAAUAUCAAACAACAAUAACCAAGCAAUGCCAUUUUCAAGCAAUGUAUUACUCUAAUAAAUUCUUGUUGCAUUGUGAAUUUCUAAA